GCGGAAACCGAUUUUUGGCAGCAGCAAAAUGACGGAUACUUCAGUACCAUAAGUUUUUCUGUGUUUACAAUUGUACAUAAUUUCAAAUAUGUCGAACGUUACUACUGAUGCUGGUGAACCGCACGAUGCAUUUGAAGAUGAAAAUUCGGAAACCUCUUCCAGUCCUCCAAAUCCUCCCAUCCAAAGCCAUCCACCACUGAAGCGGUCAGCUUCCGUCGUCUUCUUCAAUCUGGACGUGAAAGCAGAAUUGGAAGACCACUUUGUGAUUGCCGCCCUGCGGGAUGAGAAAAAAACCGGCGAGCUUCGUGACCUUCUCAGUCAUGGGAAGGCCACUCUCUUCCUUCCCAUCUCGGCGUCGUUAGUGCAUGUAGCUGACAAGAUAUCUCCAGUAUUUUUUGAGCAUCAUGUCUUCAUUCCCAACCCAGAAAAUAUGCGUCAGGUUAUGUCUCUCGGCGGCAUUCGUGCUCUCGUCAAAGGAUCGCGCCUGAUUGUCAUCGGGCCUCGACCAACGGAACAGGAGCUUCUAUCCAUAUACUCAAGAGACACGGGGACCGAUGAUAAAACUCUAUCAAUCUGGGACACGAUUGAUACUGAAGCGACAACCAUUGAUCAAUAUCCCUCCAUAGAGCUCUUGUCCGAUUCACCGUUAGAUUUCCGUUUAAGUGAAAAUUCCACUAUCAAGGUUGCUCUGAUGAGUAGAGCUAUCAUGCAAGAGGAUUUGACCCGUAACUUUGCUCCAAAACUUCCACCUCGCAAACCUCCGGCCUACAACACGAGCCUGAUCACUCUUCCAGCGAUCAAUUUUGAUAUCAGAUCUAUCCCUUCAAAUGUGUUUACCCAGAUUGGCUCUCUCCCAUAUCUCUUCUCUAAACUCGAUGUGCAAGCAGUGCUUGAGGAAGCUCCAUGCUUGCAAAACGAACCAUCUUAUCAAGUCUUUAUGGAACAAAUGAAAGAUCCACGAUGUGCCCCUUUCGCAGCAGAGGUACAACGAUAUCUUGCUUCAAUCACCGCCAAUCGUCAGCCAGUAUCAUCCGAGACUCUUUCCACCUAUCACCAUCGAUUCAUCGACAGCAUGCAUAAGACCUUCACUUCGACUUUCUUUCCCCGUCAACAAGGUCCUGGCCACAUCGAGUCCCUCACCGAAGGGCUUGACAAUUAUGUUCUUGCACAAGCAUAUGCCACUUACUUUAUAUCGGUUCUCUCUGAGGAGCAAACCACUGACUUGCUCCUUCACCGAAAGAUUUCACUUAUGUCUGUCGCGGGCUUUAACUUGGAUCAGCUGGGGAUUCAUAUUGAUUUGGACUCUGAUGCUCUUAGAGAAACAGUCAAGUUGGCUGGUGUAGAACUCCUAAUUGCCGAUCGGACCACGACCCCACACCAAAAGCUCUCGGCGAUUGUUGCGUCUCACCAACGGGUUGCCGAAAGAGUACCCUUGUGUUUUCCAUCAGAUGACGAGUCGUCUAGUGCGGAUAUGUUGCUACCAUUACUUAUAUACGUUGUCGUAAAGACAAAUCCUCCAAGGCUUGCAUCAUGCUUGAAAUACAUAAAUAGAUUCCGUGCGCAUAACAAGAUCGAAGGGUACUCGUCGUACUGUUUGACGAAUUUGAGUGCGGUGCAAUCCUUUGUGGAAACCUCGGAUGUUCAAACGUUAGGUUUGUCACCGUACGUGGAAGCAAGCUUUAGACCCAAACCUGCCAAUAGCAAUUCAGAGAAGAUCAUUGUGCUACCGGGGGAUAUGAUAGCUGCGCCCGAUCCGCCAUCCAAGCCAGUGACGGAUACUAUAGGAGCUCUUGCUAACAUCCCUCACAGCGUUGGUCAACGGAUUUCGGGACUUUGGCCAUUUCGCAGAGGUGCGACUCCAGAAACCGUGGGCCACGUAGAUGCCAAUGCACCCAAUGAUUCCGAACGUUUAUGGUCACGACUCAAACAUGAUGGGAAGAGAAGUUCGCGUUAAUUUGACUCUGGGAAUAUUAUAUCCCCAGGGAGGGAUGUCCUGUGAACCCGAAGCAUCAUGGCUUCUUGCAGUGCCGGCCGAUUCAUAGUUGAUCCAUCUCGACCAGGUAGCGGGAAGGUCAAAAAGAAACGAUGGACUACAAUAUUACGUACUCCCGUCUCACUCCGUAUCCAGCGAUUAAUUGUUCGAAUCGACGCCAAGUUCGUGAACAACAGACCUUUUGGCCUUUCCUGUGUAUCCCGGCUGUGAAUAUCGGAUGCCCCGACACACGAGAAAUGUCCACCUGCUGUCGAGGGAGACAACCUGGUUUCCACACUGGUCAAAUUAGGAAUCACGCUCCGUUUUUCAAUGGGGGAGUACAUAUAUACAGCUUUUGGAAUGUAGCAUGCACUGUGAAAUGCCGAUAAAGAUGAAAAGAUAUUUGCGUCGUCCCGCGGGAUCAAAAUUCCAGUUGUCUGAAGUCAACGUGCUAGGUUGCAUUGUCCUGCAAUCACCUUCAAUGUAUGCUGCUGGAGAUAACAUUAAACCUUAACCGUG